AUUCAGUCAAGAGGGUACUCGCGUGCGAUCAGGCUGUUGAAAUUUUGAUCCUGCAAGUUUACAAGUCGAGUGUUUGUUUAGCUCGGUGAAAAAUGGUGCUCAAAACUUUUGUGUUAUUCUUUUGCCUAUUUUAUUUCGGUUCAGUAGGAUAUACCAGCAAAAUAAGUUAUGUUGUCGUGUGGCGAGAAAAUCCAUGUUCUUUUAUGUUGAACCGCCCGCGUCAUACUUCAUUGGUGCCACCUACUCAGUUUCAAUUUGAGGAUAAUUGUUAUGAUGGUGGCCGACAUCACAUAAUACCAUAUGAGAUUCUGCGUAAUUUUUUUAAUUUUGCCGUGAAACAAGCCAGUAGAGCAACGCGCAUCGCACAAUACUUAUCAGCAUACAUUUCUACAAUAGUGGCACAAUUUAUUGCCAAUGGCGAAUCUAUACAACAUCAAAAUCCGUUUCCUGACAACGAUGAAGUGGUUAUCAUCAUUGAUCCAUGGGAAGAAAUGUUUGCAGCACUUUCAUGGUUACCCGGAAAUAUAUUUAUAGGGCCGCAGGUGAAUAUUCGUCACCAUGACGAUCCCCUGAACCAGAGAGGCGGAGAUCCCGGUAACGCAUUCGAGCAGUACGCAAAUAGAAUAAUCAACGACGACACACACUUUACUGCUCUACAAAAUCUCAAUCGCGAUAUGCGACUUUAUAUUAAUGAUUCUACAGAUGUAAAUUUGUUUCAUCAAAUAAUGACCAAUUUAGAUAUUGUCAACAGAAGAACUACACCUUUUCCAUUCGAUGCAGAGGAUUGGGAAAUAGUUAAUGGAGAGUUUUACAUUCGCGAUAGACAUAGAGAGAAACGAUCCGAAAACCAAAUCCCACAACCGCCAACCGCAUGCAACACGAAGCCAUCAACUAAUGAUGAUCCUUUCGAUUAUUAUGUUGGAUUCUGUAAAGCGGUAAAUCGAAAAUUAACGGCCAGUCAUUUUUCGUCGAUCAAUAAAAAAUACAUAGAAUCGGAUGAUAAGAUGGAAUUUGAUUGUCCCAAAAAUACUUUCAUUAGAGUAAAACGAGCCACCAUAAGUAGCAUGCCCUGGGCAGUCGCUGCUUUCUCGUUUGGGCUAGCAUGUCUCACGGGUGACUGCGUAGAGCGGGACGGUACCGAAAAAAUAAAAAAGUUGUGUGACAACAAGAGAUCAUGCCUAUUUUCUGAUAGAGACACAGAGGGUUUGGGUGUAGAUGUGGAAUAUUACUGUGCGGAUGUAUUAACACCUAUACGAGAAAGAAAAGAAUUACAGCGACCUGUUCGCUUUAGUUCCAGCGAAUUUGAACUUAACUGCCCCUUGGAUUAUACAAUUCGUAUUAGUAAAGCAAUAAGACACUCGUCCUCUUUUUUUCUUAAUUGUGCUAUUGAUGAUUGCACAGAAAAGGAUAUUACACCAAUUUUGCGGGAAAAAUGCGACGGAGAAAAUCCAUGCAAAAACACACUCGACGAUUGGGGCUUGCAACCAAUAACCGUAGAUUUUUCUUGCAUCCCAAAUCCAUCCAUGUUUGUGUGAUGAGGCUAACCAGGGCAAUUAAAAAACUGCCGUACAAUGAUUGAAUGUUUAUGAAUAUAAUAUUGGGUCAAGAUUGCUAAAUCGGAAAUAUGCAAUUUGGGGUAUAAAUGUUACACUAAUGGAGGCACCAGUUUCUAUAUUGCCAACCAUUGUACUAUUUUCAAAUAUGUAUAACAUAACCUUCAAAGAUUAUAUUAAAACAUCUAUUCAACCGAUUACGUGAUGAUAUCAGAAUGUAAAACCUUUCAAAUAUACUGUGAGCAAAAAAUA